UGAGAAACAUCUACCUCUUUUCAUCACCGUCACCAUAGAGUCGAAGAGGUGCACUGCAACAGUGAUACGAUGACGAGCGUUGUAGGGCGGAUACGCUCAUCCUUGCCCUCAUUAUCGGUAGAGCUGGAGAAUAAGGGUUCCGUCGCUCGUGAUCAUUUGGCCGGAGAGAGGACUUUUUUGGCAUGGUUGCGUACAUCGUUGGCAUUGGUCAGCUUAGGCGUUGCGAUUGCGCAAUUGUUCAAAUUACCUGAAUUGUAUAUUUUCGGCUAUCCUGAUCAAUCUCAGCAAUCAGCCACGUACCUCGUCCAAGACGAAGGAGAAGAUAUCUUCGAUCCGCUAGCUAUGAACAGGUUGGACAGUUUACGUUCAUUGGGAAAACCUCUCGGUGGAACGUGUAUUGCUCUUGGAGCACUAUGUUUGAUCAUGGGUGCUUAUCGAUAUUUCAAAGUUCAGAAUACACUUAUGAAAGGUUCUUUUCCUCCUUCAAAAAUCGAAAUUUCAAUCAUGGCUUUAUUUACUGGUGCUUUGAUCGUUGCUGCGUUUGGUAUCAUUGUAGGCGCUCAACUGAAUCGGUAG